AUGCAGAUGGAUUUGAACCGCGAAGAGAACUCCGGGGCUGACCCCGUCGAGUCUCUCGCUAGGCUUGGACACCGGGAUGGAGGGAUGGUCGGCCAUCCCUCAACGACGAAGGAUGGCGACAGCCGAGUCACCAACGCUUCCAGACACACCAGGAAGCGGAGGCUGUCGAGGGCAGACCAAGAUAGGCGCGAAUUUGCUUCUACCGCCAAGCGCCCGAGGACAGGGUCUCCACAGGACCCUGCGAAGACCAAAGUUUCUCGGGACCAAGUCGGAGAAGGCAGAGUUGGGGCGACCCUGACAGCCGCAGUGAGGCCGCAGUUGCAGCCAGCGCGACCGCGCUGUCUCGCUGACGGAUUCUCGCAGGGGCGUCUGGUGAUAGACAAGCGUGAAUGUCACCGAAAGAAGGAGGGGGGUGUCACCUUCCAGGUAAUGAGGCCCACACAAGGGCCAUAA